CGGCAGGGCUGCGGCCGGUGUCCCGGCUUCUGAAUCCGAAGAGCAGCUUCAGCCCACGGCCGGUCUUUUCCCCCUACAAGUCCUGUCACGUCGCUGUUCAAAGACCUGGGAGACCCCAUGUCCAGGGGCUAAAGCUGGGGGCUGGGAGUCGGGACCCCUGGGUCCUGCUCUAAGGUCUGUUCCCCUUUCUGGGCAAGGUGGCUAGUACUUCAGUCAUCUUAGGUGGGUUGUGAGGACAAAUCCACUAAUCUUGGAUGUGCUUUGAGAUCCUUCGACAGCAGGACCCAUUGAGCUACAACUGACGACACGCGAACGUGGAUCCCCCUCCGAGCCCCAAGAUGCUACCCUUGGACUGCCGGGCUCUCUUCCUUCCUACCCUCCUCUCCCUCCUUUUCACUCCCUCCUCUGGAUUUUUUGGCUGGUUGAGGCAGGGAGCAGCUCCAGAAAGAGACCCCGUCCCCCUGACACCAGCUCCGGACUCAAGGAGUCUCUCUAAUGCUCCCUUUGAGAUGACGACGGGGGAUGAGCGAUUCCUGGCUGAGGCCAGGCACCUGGAUCUGUCUCCUCUGGACUCUUGUCACCACAAGGUUAUUGCCCAGAUCCACUCCUCCUGUACGGACCUGACGGAAGAGGAACUGGCCAAGCUGGGGGUGUCCCUGUUUAACUGCCAAGCAAGCGUGGAGGGGCGCAAGACCUAUCCCUGCGCUGCCGACAUGACCCUCGCAGAAUGCACUGCCGACAUGGACCCUGACACCUGGAACGCCUACCACAUCGUCAGCAACCGGGCCCGCGCUGUCUGCUACUCCACCCGCCAGAUGCAGUUCAAGCGCCAGACGGAGCACACUGUCAACACCCUGGUCUCCGCCGCCGUGAAUCAGCUGGAGGCCAUGAGGCUUCUGAAGGAUGGCCAGGAGGAACUGAAAGAGCUCACGGCAGAGUCCCUGCACAAGGUGGUGAGCAGCCAGCAUGAGCUGCUGCUCCAGCAGGAGAAGCUGCAGGACAGCCAGGAGCAGAUGGAGUCAUCCAUCCACAGCAACCUGGAUCAGCUGACUCAGGAGAAGGCCUUGAUUGCCAGCGGGCAGCAGCAGGUGGCUCAGCUCAUUGAGGGCAUCACCAAGAGGAUGGAGAAUGUGAGCAGCCACCUAGAUGACCAGGACUUGGAGCUGCAGCAAGGACACAGAGCCAUCCUCGCUGACCUCACCCAGAUGCAAAGGCGAGCCCAGGAGGUCUACUCCAAAAUAGAGGCCAACCAGGCGCUGUUCCUGGCCUAUCAGAACCAGACAGCCCUGUACUACGACGAGCUGAUGGGGAAGCUGCACAGGAUGAACCAGAGCCUGGGCCUGGUGCUCUACGCCGUGGGUCACAUGCAGAGCAGUGUGGAGGGCCGGCUCCUGCACAUCCAGAGAUUCAUUGGCUGGGCAGGAGUCAGCCUCGGCGCCGCCUGCACCUGCAUCCUGCACACCGGCUACUUCCUGCUCUCGGCUCUGCUCAUGACCUUCCUGCAGACCCCAAGCCUCCCCCGUGCCGUGCUCCUGGUCCUGGUCGUCGCCAACGCACUCUCGGAGCUCAACCAUGCCAUCUCCUUGGGCUUCAAGUCACUCACGGUUUUCCUGGUGCUUGUUGUCGCCGGUAACUGGCUGCUGGCACACGUGUGCUGCUGUGCCCGGAGCGCGAGGGGCCGGAAGCCACCUCUGGCGCUCUCACUGACUCCCCAGAGGGCAGCAGGUGCCAGCAGCCCCGAAGCGGAACUCAAGGAUGAUCCCCACUGUCGUAUCACCUCCACCCCUGGCAGGGAGUGUGAAAUCGACCUCUUGCGGGAGGAGCUGAACAAGCUGGAGGAGAUGAGCUACCUGCAGGACGACUCCUGCCUGGGGAGGGUGUCCCCGCUGACGGGAAACCCAUUUCGUGAUGGGGGCGUGCCGCUGUCCCCUGCAGGCUGGAAGGCACAGCAGAGACCUGCUGCUCCGCCGGCUCCCUCCAUCCCCAUCGGGAACUUGCGCCGCAUCAGUCUGAGCCGCACCACCAGGCACGAGGUGUUGGAGAGGCGGGCCACACUGGAGAGGUGCAACUUGGGCCCCACAUUCGAGCCCUUUUCUGACUUCAGGUCCUGUAGCCCGGACCAGUCCAUGGCUAGCGACAUGUGAGUAUAGAGCGCUGCUCCCUUCUCUGAACAGGCCCUGCCGGAUUCCUUCUGUGCAACGCUUCCCUGAUCCCUGCUGGCAUCUCCAAGGGACGCUUUUGGGCUGGAUUAUUCCUGCUAGUAACCAGCCCUACCUCUAAGACAUGGGGUGACUGAUGUCGAGGACGAGGGUGGCCUGACCUACGUGAUGGGAGGAGGAGGAGAGGAAUGCUGCAGACACGUUCUGGGUCACCAUUGUCCCAUGGCUGCUGGUUUUACUCCUGGGGCAAUUCUGUGCCAAAAAAUUCUGCACACAAUAUU